CAGAUGAGGCCACUGGCAGACAGGCAGCAGACUGGGACAUACAAAGAAAAGGAUAGUAUAAGUGUUAAACUGAAGGUCCAAGAAAACUAUUGAUCUGAGGCCAUGGCCUGUUGUGGAAGAGAAAACACUGAUGCAUCUCUGCACCAAGACUGUGACAUGUCCUUACAUCAACAAGAGCCAGAUACCCUUGAAAAUUUCCAACUAAGUAGUGGCUUUGUCCUCAACACUGAAAUGGCAAAGGACAAAAUGGAAGCAGAUUUGGGCACGUCACCAACUUCCACCACUGUAGAUGCCAAUCUCCUUAGAAGAUCCAGCAGCAUCCCUUUGAUCAAUGGAUUUGGUGAUAAUUCACAGGGAUACCAAGUUGACCCCAUAAGAAUGCGAAGGAACAGCUCACCAUUUCUGAACCGCCGUGCUUUGUUUCUGCCUUCUCACACUCGUACAUCUGCCAACCGAAUUUUCCAAAUCAAACAAGAAGAAGGAAUGGAUAUAGCAAGCAGAGAAGCAAUGCAUGAACGGGAAAUGCAUACUGCAAUGCAGAUAAAUCAAAGUUGGGAAGAAAGCCUAAGUCUGAAUGACAACGGUGCCAUGAAGCCAUUCACUGUAAGGAACACCAAAAUAAUUCCAGGCUCUCCAAUGACUUUUCUCAUCAAGAAACCUGGGAAGGAUUCACAGGACCAUCAGAACUUUUAGGCCAAGUAUUCUGGAAACAUCAAAAAGAAAAGGCAAAAUGAAGCUUGAAGAUCAGCCAAGUAAAAUUUGCACAUACUACCAUCUUUCAAUCCCCUUAAUCUUCUCAACUGUCAACAAAAACUUUGGAAGUAAACAAAAUACCUAACAUACCACGUGACCGGUAGCAAGUGAACAAUAAUUAUCUGGGAGAAGAGUUGUCUUAAUCAGAUAGAGAAUCUUCCCAGUCUGUUCAUGUCUCCAGCAACUGAUAGCUUCAAUGGAAACAACAGAUCCAUAGAUUACAAUAAAGGAAGUGU